AUGAUAAAGAAACUUUCAGAGGUGAACUACUUGGAGCGGAGAUUUCUUGCCUCUCUUCUUCUGACACUGUUUGUGAGCUACACCAUGAGAAACAGGACAAGAACUCACAAUCUGUUAUCUGCAGUCCUGAUCCUUUACAUAGCCUUUGAUUACAGGCAUACUGCAUACAUACUUGCAUCAAUCUCCCUAAAUACCUUCCUGCUCAGAUACACGGAGACAUCUGCAUACAUGUUUACUGUUCUGAACAUCGUAAUACUUUACAUCUACAAAAUAUUCGGAGCUCUCUUCGAGGAAAGGAUUUCCGGGUCAUUCGACAUCUCCGGGGUCUUAAUGCUAAUGACGAUAAAGAUGUGCUACCUUGGGAAGGAGUAUAACAAAAGAACAGACACCGUAAAAGAUGCCUUGUCGUAUAUAUUGUUCAUACCGGGCCUUAUGUUGGGUCCAGCACCAACGUUCAGAAGCUUCAUGGAGAACAAGUACGAAAGACCAAAAAGGCCUCCAUAUGCAACUUUUCUAAAGGCCCUUGGAUUCCUGGUUCUUUUUCAGGUUUUAAGGAUAAGUAUCCCAAGAAGCCACCUUCUUGAAGAAGACGUUCUGUUACCAAUGAGGUGGGCCUAUUUGUACCUCUUCACGGUAGGAAACAGAAUAAAAUUCUACUUUGCAUGGCACUUUUCCCACGGGUGCUUCGCGUUCCAAAACUUUCCAGACCUUCUGAAUGCUGACUUCAUGAAGGUAGAGCUGGCAACAAGCGUGAAAGAUCUUAGCACCUACUGGAACGUAUGCACCGGGGUUUGGUUGAAGAACUGCUUCUUUGUUCCGAUGAAAGAAAAGUCAAUAUUCUGGGCGAGCAUCGGAACGUCUGCAAUUUCUGCGCUGUGGCAUGGGAUAAAUCCAUGCUACUUGAUAAUGUUCCUUUCCCUAUCAGCCUCUAUCCCGAUUGUGAAGGAAAACAAUAGAUUACUCCAGAGCUUCUUCCCGUCUCUCUUCUGGGUGCUGUCCAGGAUACAAAUGCUUAUCCUUACAACAUAUUUCUCCGCCUCCUUCUUUCUCUUGAGUGUUUCAGACCUUAUGUAUGUCUGGAGAAGCGUGUACUUUGCCGGCCAUGUAUUUCUUGCCUUCAGCUUAGCAGUACAGAUAGCUUUAAGGCCCUUUCUUCCGCAGGUAGGUAAGAAAAAUACUGACUGA